UUCUUUUCCUCCCCCUCCCUUUCCUCCUCCUCCUCCUCCUCCCCUUCCCUUCCCCCGACAGCGUCGCCGGGGCUCGGGCUCGCUCCCUCCCCCGUGCCCUCCCCUGGAGCCGCCGCCUCCGCCGCCGCACACGGAGACAUGUACCCGGGAGCCCCCUCCGCCGGACCCGUGCUCACACCUCCUCCUCCAUUGCCACCACCAAUACAGGGAUAUGCCUUUAAACCUCCUCCUCGACCAGAUUUUGGCACUUCUGGGAGAACAAUCAAACUGCAGGCCAACUUCUUUGAAAUGGACAUUCCUAAAAUAGAUAUCUACCAUUAUGAAUUGGAUAUAAAGCCAGAAAAAUGUCCUAGAAGAGUUAACAGAGAAAUAGUGGAGCAUAUGGUUCAGCACUUUAAAACCCAGAUUUUCGGGGAUCGCAAACCAGUGUUUGAUGGAAGAAAAAACCUUUAUACAGCUAUGCCACUUCCCAUUGGAAGAGAUAAACAGGUGGAGCUGGAGGUCACACUGCCAGGAGAAGGAAAGGACAGGAUAUUUAAGGUGGCUAUAAAGUGGAUGUCCUGUGUGAGUUUGCAGGCUUUGCAUGAUGCCCUUUCUGGCCGGCUGCCGAGUGUCCCGUUUGAGACCAUCCAGGCCCUGGAUGUGGUGAUGAGGCACUUGCCUUCCAUGAGGUAUACUCCUGUGGGGAGAUCUUUCUUUACAGCAUCAGAAGGGUGCUCAAAUCCUUUGGGUGGUGGCAGAGAGGUUUGGUUUGGCUUCCAUCAGUCAGUCAGACCUUCAUUAUGGAAAAUGAUGUUAAAUAUUGAUGUGUCUGCAACUGCAUUUUACAAAGCACAGCCAGUUAUUGAGUUUGUCUGUGAAGUUCUGGACUUCAAAAGUAUUGAAGAACAACAAAAACCUCUGACAGAUUCCCAAAGGGUAAAGUUUACCAAAGAAAUUAAAGGUCUGAAGGUGGAGAUAACACACUGUGGACAAAUGAAAAGGAAGUACAGAGUGUGCAAUGUCACCAGACGACCAGCAAGUCACCAAACGUUCCCACUUCAGCAGGAGAAUGGACAAACAGUUGAAUGCACUGUAGCUCAGUAUUUUAAGGACAGGCAUAAAUUAGUUUUACGCUACCCUCACCUUCCAUGUUUACAAGUUGGACAGGAGCAAAAACACACAUACCUUCCUCUGGAGGUGUGCAACAUAGUGGCAGGACAGAGAUGCAUAAAGAAACUCACUGACAAUCAAACUUCCACUAUGAUUCGAGCCACUGCCAGAUCAGCCCCGGACCGGCAGGAAGAGAUCAGCAAAUUGAUGCGGAGUGCGAGUUUUAACACCGACCCUUAUGUCCGAGAGUUUGGGAUAAUGGUCAAGGAUGAAAUGACGGAUGUGACUGGCAGAGUCCUACAGCCUCCCUCAAUCCUCUAUGGAGGCAGGAAUAAAGCCAUUGCUACACCAGUGCAAGGUGUCUGGGACAUGAGGAAUAAACAAUUUCACACUGGAAUUGAAAUAAAGGUUUGGGCAAUUGCCUGCUUUGCUCCCCAGCGCCAGUGCACUGAAGUUCAUCUUAAGUCCUUCACAGAACAGCUGCGGAAGAUUUCCAGGGAUGCUGGAAUGCCAAUCCAGGGGCAGCCCUGCUUCUGUAAAUAUGCCCAGGGAGCCGACAGCGUGGAGCCCAUGUUCAGACACCUCAAGAACACUUACACUGGGCUGCAGCUUGUCGUGGUCAUUUUGCCUGGAAAAACACCAGUCUAUGCGGAGGUGAAGCGCGUUGGUGACACGGUGCUGGGAAUGGCCACUCAGUGUGUGCAGAUGAAAAACGUCCAAAGAACAACACCACAAACUCUGUCCAACCUUUGCUUAAAAAUAAAUGUCAAAUUAGGAGGUGUAAAUAACAUUCUACUUCCACAGGGAAGACCCCCAGUAUUCCAACAGCCUGUCAUAUUCCUUGGUGCAGAUGUAACUCACCCACCAGCUGGGGAUGGGAAAAAGCCUUCCAUUGCUGCAGUUGUAGGAAGCAUGGAUGCUCAUCCCAACCGUUACUGUGCCACCGUGCGGGUGCAGCAGCACCGCCAGGAAAUCAUCCAGGAUUUGGCUGCCAUGGUCAGGGAGUUGCUUAUCCAGUUCUACAAAUCAACGAGAUUCAAACCAACUCGCAUCAUCUUCUACAGGGAUGGUGUUUCUGAGGGGCAGUUCCAACAGGUUCUCCACCAUGAGCUGCUGGCUAUCAGGGAGGCUUGCAUUAAACUGGAGAAGGAUUAUCAGCCUGGCAUCACAUUUAUAGUGGUGCAGAAAAGGCACCACACCAGACUCUUCUGCACGGAUAAAAACGAACGGGUUGGAAAAAGUGGAAACAUUCCAGCUGGUACCACAGUGGACACAAAAAUCACCCACCCCUCAGAGUUUGAUUUCUACCUGUGUAGUCAUGCUGGGAUUCAGGGAACAAGCAGACCUUCUCACUACCACGUGCUCUGGGAUGACAAUCGCUUCUCGUCGGACGAGCUGCAGAUCCUCACCUACCAGCUGUGCCAUACGUACGUACGCUGCACGCGCUCUGUCUCCAUCCCUGCACCUGCAUAUUAUGCACACCUGGUGGCCUUCAGAGCCAGGUACCAUCUGGUGGACAAAGAACACGAUAGUGCUGAAGGAAGCCACACUUCUGGCCAGAGCAAUGGCAGAGAUCACCAAGCACUUGCUAAGGCAGUCCAGGUGCACCAGGACACGCUGCGCACGAUGUACUUUGCUUGACAUGUUUUAAUGUUCAGCGGCUCCGGACAAGGCAGAGUUGGAUUCACACCAGACCAGCUGCACUUAGACCAACAGAUGCCCCACCCCAGGGACAGCCAGCAAUGAGUGAUGCUUCUUUAUUCUUUUCUUUCCCGUUUGUAAGGAAGCCUUCCGUCCAGAAUUUCAGACUUGAUCACAAACUGCAUUCUUGUACCAAACCCCACUGUUGUCAGAAAUGUGGUUUGCCAAAAAUCUCUGAGCUGCUUGGUAUAAAACAGACCCAGAUUUUAUAAUUAAAUCAAGAGCUGCAAUCUCAGGGCUUAGGGAAGAAAACAAAGAACCAAACCAACAACCCAACCCACAAAACUCAUUCAGUUUCCUGUUCAUUGACUUGCUUUCAAUAAUUUGGAAAUAUCUCAUUCAUACUAAGGUGUGAUGAGCUAAAAUGCUGUGAAUCAGCUUUUAGUACAAAGGAAAGCAAAGCAUUUUUUGAGUAUUUAUGAAGCCUUGAUUAUUCUAGAUGCAUUUACAAAAUUCUUAUUUUCAAAAUAAGAGCGUGACAAAAUUCUGAUUUCUAACUGUCUUAAAAAGAGUAUUCUCAGAUUAUUCUCUGUGUGUCUAAGGGCAAAUGUAUUUUCUGAAGCUUGUUCUUGAAUGUUUUUUAUUGUGCUGCAUUUUAAAAUGUUUUUCAUAGACUAAAGAUGAACUUAAAAAAAAAGAAAAAAAGCAAAACUGUACCUAAGCUUUUAAUAGCUCCAGUUAGAUUGGCGGAAGCAAAUGUGCCAUUUGAAAAAAUUUGUAAAGAUUUUUUUUAAAUCAUACUGACAGCUAACUUUAGGAUUUGUCAUACAGGACUGUGACACUUACUUUCCAAAGUCUCUAAAGAAUACGGGUCUGUGGUGAUGAAUACAGUACAAUCCUUUUUCACUGUUGUUUGAGUUAAUGUAAAUUUUAUAUAUGUUUCACAGUAUUAAUGUGAUAGACUAGAUGCUAUUAUUUAUUUUUAUUUACUAAGGAGUGCUCAUUAUACUUCUGUUAACAUAUCAAGAAUGCUUUGAACUUAGAAAAAUCCUUUUUGUGAGGACAUUACUCUGCAAAUGCAAAAAAAAUAUGCAAUUGAUGUGGUGAGAGGAGAGAGAUGCAGCCAGUAUCUGUUGUAGCUUGGGAUUUGCAGAAAGGCUUUUUCAACAUGCACACAACACAGCAGGUUUUACCUCUGCGGUUCAGACGCACACAAGACCAACAUCCUACAUUCAUUCAAGCACAAAACAAUUGUAUUUUAUUUAUAUGUUGAGUAGUGGUGAAGCAGGAGGUCUGCUAGAGGAGAGUGGUUUGCUGGAAAUAAGGCUGAAGUCAGAGAAUCUAUGCAGUAAAGAUAAAAAUUAGGAAACUGAGAUUUACUUAGGGAGGUGAAACUCUCUUCAUUAUGCAUAAGAUCUGUAGGAAAUGUGAGAGUUUUGCCAUUCUCUUAGUAGAAGCAUUAAUUAAAACUGAUAAUUAUUAGACAGAUGCUUCUGUUAGUUUGCACACUGGAUUCAUAAAAACCAUAACACACAUGUAAACCAUUGCACUAAUGACGAUGCCACGAGCAGGUGUAGGAGAAAACGGAAAAAGCCCAGGAAAGUUGUUUAUGCUGACUUGAUCUUGUUUGUUUUUCCUUGAGAUAACUGAAAUAAGAUGCUGAGAAGGCAGGCUGGAAAACCUUCAUUCUCUUCCACAGAUGGAUUUUGCUCUUUUCCCUUUUCUCCUAGCAGCUGCUCAGUCCCUGUUUGGACACUUUUACCUCUGGCCACUGGGAUGGGCGAGUAGCUUUAACCCAUGCAGAGCUCUGGGCCACAGAGCAGGUCAGCUGCAACCAGGUGAUGUUGGAUAAGCUAGAAAAUGCCCAACCUUUGCUGCAUAAAGACGUUUAGGUACAUAAUUCCAGUUCAGACCUUCACCUUGUAGCAGUCUGUUGGUUGUCAGUGUUUCGUAGGUGAAAUGUAGAACCUGUUAAUGGAAUAAUCAGAUUUGUACUUUUCUAAUUGGGUGAUUAGGCUGCUGGCUCAGAGUGUCUUCUUGGUCAUAGUUCUAUAAAUUCAGAUUUCUGUAAAUUUGAAGCAAAUCCUAGGUAGCAUUGUCUGUCUUGCUGUGUGCCAGCGAGGUUGUACCUACCUCCCCUCAAAUACCCCUAAGCUGCAGAUCCUCCCCAUGGUGGGUGUGUUGCACUUCUCUGUGUUUCCUUCAGAGCUUUCCUAUUUCAGUGAAGAUAUUCAUUUGGCAGAGUUUUAUAUAAGAAUUAUUUUUAUAUUAAUUCUUCUUAUAAAAUAGGAUAAAGAUCAUCCAUUUUAAGACAUCAUUUAACUUAUUUGGUGUGUGUUAUGCAGAGACCUCUUGGAUGUGAAAUUCAUCCCCCUCUUUCCAUGCAGAUCUGGGACAAUAGAAUUGUACAGGUGGUCAGGUGGGGUGAGGAGGGCAAGAUCUGUCUUGACCUCAAAUCUCAUUUCUGAAGUAGCCUGGGACUGCACUGCAUCCUAUUUAAGAUGUUUCCUUUGUGAGAAAAGGAGUUUUAGGCAGGCCCUUAAUCUGAGAGUAGCUGUUGUUUGUGUAUCCUCUUGGAAUGAGCAGAAAUUCUGUGUAGCUUUUCUUCCCGAAGUAUGAAGAACUUGGGAUGUUUAUGUGCAUUUCAGGCCAUUUUUACCUUUUACAGAUCUUUCUAAGCCUCUGAUACUGCUAAUUCUUUAUGCCUUGUGUCUCCCUCCUUUUCCCUCCCAUCAGUGGUGAGCAAGUGAAUAAUUUAAAGCAUUUUUAAAAAAAAAAACUGAUUAGGUAUAUACUUUGUAAAGUACAGCAUGCUGGCAGUCCAGCACCUCUUCUGGGAAUAUUUUUACUAUAAAUUACAUGUUCAAGAAUGUAUCCUGUCCAAAAAAACCUGCCACAAACACGUAAAAUCUCAGUAUUAUUUUUUCAUUCUGUACCUCCCACAUGUUUGGUGUAGAACAGCAGCAUCUCAGGUCAACACAAAGCUCAAGAAGUCUCAGUCCCCCCAUGUUGCUGGUGGAGAAAUGCCAGCUGAGGUCACAGCUCUGAGUCUCUGGGUCACUGUGCAGGUCCGGUCAGCAGUAACCAAAUUUGUGCCACCCUCUGGCACUUGGGGCAUUUUCUAGCCUAUGCAAAGGAGUCCCACUGCACAACCCCCACAAAACAGCAUCAGCAAGUGUGAAAUGCUCCUCUUGGGAGGUGAUAAGUACUCUCAGAAGACAUGAAAUACUUAAAAGUUUGUCUUUUUUUCCCUGAUGUGCAAAAUCUAAUGCAAUAAUGAGGUUUGCUUAGUGGUGGAAAUUUCUGCUCCCGUGGCUGAACAGAGUAACGAGUCCACUCCAUCUGUUCCAGCACCCAGGAAACAACUGAGCUGAUCCUUAGGAGCAAAUGUUCUGUUGGGAAAUGCUGGAAGGAAGUGGAUUUGUCUCUGCCUUUAUGUGGCAUUUAAGACAGCGCUGUGCAAUUUAACACUUGGGUGUGUGUAUGCACUGAUGUACAGAGUGAGAUCACUUGUUUAAUUAUUAGAGCUCCUUAUUUUGGCUUGGUUUGCUUUAGAGUAUUUGACUUUGUGAAUUACAAUCAAUGAUCUUCCAUAUUCCAGAGGCUUUGGCACAGGAAUUCCCUCAUUUAUUGACCUGUCAGGUAACAAAUACCUUUGAUCUCCAUCCAGGCCCCCCAGGCAGCAUUCUGAUUGUGAAAGCAAAAAGGUUAUGAAGGUUUGGCUUUAAUUCUGCCUCUCUCAAUAACUCCUGCAGCUUUUGUCUGUUGUAACAGAGUCUUGUUGGAUCAUUUUUAUAACAUAAGACAGGAGGUUUUUCCACAAGGAUUUUCAAAUUAAAACGUCUGGAGAGUAGGUGUGAAGAGUUUAGUUUUUUUUUUUUCUGAAAAGAUUGAAGUUUCCAAGAUGCUUCUAAAUUUUUCUUUCUAACUAAAGUUUUUCAUGUAUGUGCCCAAAAGCUUUUGAUUAAAUAGCAGACACAGUCAAAUAAGCAUCUCUGGUGGCAUAAAUAACCCAUAAGGGCCUUUUUUUUUUCUUUAAGACAUCUUUUACACAUUAACUAAAUGAAUGUAAGAAGAGUUCUCAGUAUUUUUUACACUUGAAACCAGUGUAAUUAGACUCAGUUGUUUUCCUCUUUUUUAAUAUUCUUCUUCUGCCAUAGCAUCUCUUUGUGUAGUUUUCCCCAUUCCUAAUGCAGGACAGUCCUUUGUAUUUUACUUUUAUAUUCCAUUUGGUAACAUGCUUCUUGAUGCACACAUGCCAUCUUUCUUAAGGAAAACUUCAAGUAGAAGGUAAUUGCACUGAUUUUUGGGUUUUUUUAAACUCCCUUUUUACUGUAAGAAUUUUAAUCUUUUUUUUUUU